CAAUACGAUGAUGUAGUUACACUAUUUGGACAAAUUACAUUUGGCAAGGACUUUCCUUUUUCCAGAAGAAUGUAACCAAUCUGAAAUGAUCACUUUGCAUCAAUUUUACAUGAAACCAACUGUCAAAUGGGAAUUCACAGCCACAACAGACAAAUGUACCGUUACCUUGUAAAUGGUCUUUUUGUUGUAUUCUUUUCAAAGAAAAUUAAGAGCUACAGGCCUCCAGUGGUUGUAUUUAUACCAUAAACACUGCUGGUAUAGCUGAUAAUAUGACAGUGUGGGCAGGUAGAUUUCUACAAGGAUCCAGAGUGAACGCUAUUCUUGUGAAUACACAAUGUCCAGUAUGUGAGAUGAUUCCCAAAGUGUCGCACAAAUUAUAACAUGCUUUGAAUUGGCAUCAGUGUUAAAAAGAAACUAUAUGAAAUCCUGCACUGACAAACAAUGUUGCUAAAGUUAAUGUGCUCCUUUGGUUCAGCUGGUUGUGGGUGUUUCCAGAACAUACGUGGCCUCUAUAGCCCCCAUGUGUGCCUCAUACCAUAUGAUAUCAUCUCAAACAUGACACGUACAAACUUUGGUUAGUGAGAACACAAAGUCACAGUCUUGUGAGUGAGUCUGACCUAGAACAAACUAUUUUCAUAAGACACUUUCACUUGAGGUAUUUUCCUUGCGACUCCCCUUUCCUACAAGAACCACCAAAUAAGGACGUCCAGAGCUCCAAGUCCCUCUGUUUGAAGCCCUGGCCAGCCCCGAGCGAGAGAGGAGCAUCCUUCACUCGGGCGGGUACAGAGGAGAUCUGCACCUGUCGGAUGGUCCGUCUGCUGCUGCUGCUGCCAGACACGGACAAUCCUAAAUCAGGACAAGUGAGGACGACUUCCACAGCGCCAGACAGGCAGGUAAUGGGAACACUUCGGGACCUCCAAUUUGCCUUGCAACUUAAGAUUGAGGAACUCCGUCAGAGGGACACACUAAUCGAUGAGUUGGAACUGGAGCUGGACACGAAGGAUGAACUCAUCCGGAGGCUGCAGGAAGAGCUGGAUCGCUACAGAGCCACCGUCUCCCUCCCAGGAACCUCUGUGGCCGGUGCAGUUUGCUCUGCCCAGAUUGAGGACAAGCAGAGAGCCAAAAGGAAAACAGUCAUUUCUGAGCCCGUCACUCUGGACCUGGUGACUCUGGCCAUGGUCUCACACAGGAGUUGUGACAAAAGCCUGGAGUCUCAGAGGCUGAUUCAAGCAGCGUUCUUGAAAAAUGACCUGUUGAAGAACCUUGACGAAGGAGAAAUCAGAGCCAUCACAGCCUGUAUGUACCCAACCCCCAUCAAUCAAGGCUGCUAUGUCAUUCAGGAGGGGACCAACGGGGCUCAGGCUUAUGUUUUAGAAGAGGGAAGGCUGGAUGUGACGAAAGAUGGAGUGAAGCUUCUCACAGUCGAGCCAGAAGACGUGUUUGGGGAGCUGGCUCUCCUCUACAACUGCACCCACACCUUCUCAGUGUCAGCACAAACGGACUGCAAGCUGUGGGUUAUUGACCGCAAGAGCUACCAGACCAUACUUAUGCAGAGUGGUCUCAACAGCCUUUCACAUUCCGUGGAGCUGCUUAGCAGCGUUCCCUUCCUGCAGUCACUGCCAGAGGAUGUCAUCAUGAAAAUGUCCGAUCUCAUGGAGGAGACACGCUACUCUGAAGGUGACUACAUCACUCGACAAGGUGCCACAGGAGACACCUUUUAUAUCAUUAGCAAAGGCCAGGUGAAAAUGACAGAAAAGAAGCCCAGCCUCGAAGAGCAGAUAGUCCUGUCUAAGCUCUCUGAGAGACAGUGGUUUGGAGAAAAGGCUCUGUGGGGGGACGAUGUUCGGACUGUGAAUGUGAUCGCUGCUGGUGAAGUUACAUGCCUGGUCAUUGACAGAGAGACCUUUAAAGACAUCAUCGGUGGGUUGGUGUUUGACUGCACUCAUGAGGUCCAGCAAUGCCACGAGUCGAACAGCGAGUCUGAGAGGGACCCUGACCUCCUCUCAUCCUCCACCUUAAGUGAUUUCCAGAUUAUUUGCACUCUAGCUGUUGGGGAGUUUGGUCACGUAGACCUGGUGCAAUUAAAGAGCAACAUGAAGUGUCUUUUCGCCAUGAGGGUCCUUAAGAAGAAGCUGGUCCUCAACGGCAGUCAGAGAGAGCACAUCCUGAGAGAGCGCCGCAUUCUAACAGAGUCUAAGUGUGCAUUCAUAGUCAGGCUAUAUAAAACCUUCAGAGACGCUGACUGCCUGUACGUUUUGACAGAAGCUUGUCUCGGUGGGGAUCUCUGCAGUCUGCUCAAAGACAAAGGGUAUUUGGACGAAUGCAGCACGAGGUUCUACACGGCUUGUGUUGUUGAGGCCUUGAACUUUCUUCACCGUCAAGGCGUUCUCUACAGAGACAUCAAACCUGAGAAUGUGGUUCUGGAUGAACGUGGUUAUGCUAAACUGAUUGGCUCCAGAUGUCUGAAGAGGGUUGAAGCCGGUAAGAAAACCUGGACAUUCUGCGGCACGCCGGGCUACAUGGCACCUGAAAUCAUCUUAAACAAAGGCCACAGUGUAUCUGCAGACUUCUGGUCGCUGGGUGUUUUUGUGUUUGAACUUCUGAGCGACAGGCUCCCGUUCAGCGACUCUGACCUGAAUAAGAUUCUCACUGCAACCAUCCGUGGCAUCGAUCAUAUCGACUUCCCAAAAACCAUCAGCAAAAAUGCCUCCAGUCUCAUAAAGAAACUGUGCAGGAGCAAUCCCUCGGAGAGGCUGGGCAGUCAGAGAAAUGGGGCCAAGGACAUUCAGAAGCACAAAUGGUUUGAAGGUUUCAACUGGGACGGGCUUUGUAAAGGCACAUUAAACCCUCCAAUUAUUCCCAAAGUGAAGCCUCCUUUGGACAGCAGCACACGUGAUCAUUACACUGAGGCCUCGGUGGAGCUGUGCACAGACUGGGAGGAUUUCUGACGGAUCAGCUGUGAAGUCAAAGAAAUUAACCUGUCAGACAAUUCUUCAUCACUUUCAGGUUUAGUCCUCAUAAUUAAUUCACUGCCCUUAGUCUUACUGCCAUCGGGAAUUAAUUACAAUUUCCAAGCAAUCAGCAACUGCAGAUAUUGUUUGAUAAAUGAACCACGCUGCCUACUGUGUUGAACUCAGACUGUUUUUUGAUGUAAAAUCUCUAUAGAUUUAUAAACAUAUGAGUUCAGUGAUGUUUCUGUCGUUGAAUGUAACUCAAUAAA